AUGAUUACAACACCAAGUGAAAUUCAAACUCUACUUGAAUGCUGCAUAUGUUGUGAUUAUCUCACAGAUGUUCGAGAAACUCCUUGUUGCCAUCAACUCUUCUGUUUCGCUUGCAUCCAAUCAUGGCUUACACAGUCUGCUUCUAGCUGUCCUCGAUGUUGUUCAAGAAUAUUGACCGAACAAACAUUACUUACAAAUAUUGUCAUUCAACGUUUUAUCGACAAUACUCAAUUCAAUUGCCCUUAUAAAUUACAAGGUUGUUCAAUUAAAGUAUCUCGAAGUGACUUGGCGCAACACAAACAAUCUUGUCCAUAUUCACCAGAUAAUUUAGUGACCGAACGAGAACGCAAAUUGUCCGAAUUACGACUCAAAUUACGAGAGUAUAGUGAUGCGAAAAUACGUACGAAAGAAAAGGACACUGCAUUUUACGAUUUAGCCAAAGCCUUUCACGAUCAACAAACUUAUGAAGAAGCAAGACAAUGUUUAAAAAUGAUUAAAGGUACACAAAAUACAUUCGAUGUCAUGAUUCUGAGUGCACGGAUUGAACAAGACGAUGGUCACUAUGAUAAAGCAUUACAAAUUUAUACAGAUGUUUAUUUAAAAGCGAAAUCCAAUGCCCAACGAAUCGAACUGCUUUUAGCUUCAGCACAAAUUCACCUUAAAAAAGCACAAUUUACCGAAGCAAAAGAAAAAUUUAUUCGAGCGCUUAAUCUUCUGCCACAUAAUGAUCGGUCACAGAAAAAAGCCGAAAUUUUUAAUGGAAUUGGACUUCUGGCCAAGAAAUGUUCUGAUUAUGAUCAAGCUAUUUCGACCUAUACGAAGGCACUAGAAAUUGCUGAUCCAGAUUCAGAUCUUUGGUCGGAAAUUGUUGUUAAUUUGGCGGAUAGCUUUCGGAAAAAAGGAAAUUAUAAUGAAUCUCAUGAACUCUACAUAAAAGCACUAAAACAACUUGAAUCAGUACAUGGUCAUAAUCAUCCUUUAGUUGCCGAUGUUGUGAAAAAUUUGGGCAUUCUCUUGAAGAAAGAAGGAAAAUAUACCGAGGCCUUGGAUUGCUUCAAACAAGCAUUGAAGAUAUCUAAACAUUACUAUGGUCGCAAGCAUGAAUCAAUCGGAAUGUAUUUGGGAAAUAUUGGUGAUAUUUAUCGAAAACGAGGUGAUUACAAAACAGCUGAAGUCAUAUAUAAUGAAGCGCUAACGGCAUUGCAACAAUCAUUUGGACCAAAACAUAUUGAAGUAGCUGAGCUACUCAACUCAAUGGGUCUUAUCUUAGCACAGAAAGGUGACUAUGAUGAAGCAGAAGCCCUCUAUGAGAGAGCAAUAAAAAUUGUCAAAAAUACGUUCGGCCUGAAUCAAGAACAUUAUAAAUUAGGAAUCUACUAUAAUAAUCUAGCAGAACUUCAUCGAAAAAGAAAUGAUUCUGACGAUGUUCUACGUCUCUAUCGUCGAGCCUUCACAAUAAUCGAAAAAACGCUUGGUCCCGAACAUUCAGAGGCUGCUGAAAUUCUUCACAAUAUUGGACAAGCUCAGCAUGAACUCGGGAAUUAUAAACAAGCGAUUGCUCAUUUUGACCGAGCACUUGCGAUUAUCAAAAAAGAAUUCAAUGAACAACACUAUAAAUAUGGACUUUUUCUUAAUUCUCUUGGUCUUACUCAUGCAAUGAUGGGUGACUACAAUACAGGCUUCGCACAUAUGAAACAGGCUUUGGAGAUUUUAUUAGCCACAUUAGGUACAGAUCAUAUCGAAAUAUGUGACGUCUAUGUCAAUUUGGGUGAUAUUUUAAAUUCAAAACACUGUGUUAGCCAUUAA